AAUUAAUAAUAUUCUGUUUUGUAAAGAACGAAAAUGGGGGGACGGCUUUUUUGGUCCUCCCUUACUUUGCUAAUUCUCGUCAGUUACACUACCGCUUGUGACGAUAAAGGAAUAUGCUUGUUGGAAGCGCUCAAAGAAAUAAAACAAUGUGAAAAAUCGGUACUGGCUUCGUUGCUAAAACCUUUACUCACAUCUAAGCUUGAAAAGAAAACAUGCUCCAAAUGCCUCGAUGAACCGGCGCCGCCACCUACACUGGUUCUGAUGCCUUCGAAUCCAUGUGCUCCACCCCCAGUUUGUCCAUCACCAGCUUCUGUCAUUCUAUCUCCCCCUCCCAGCCCCUGUGCCCAACCUGCCCCUAUCAUUCUUCCUACCCCAUGUGCAGCACCCCCUCCUGCCCCAUGCCCCCCGCCUGCCUCUGUUUUUAUAUCCGCCCCCUGUUCACCUCCACCAGCAGCUCCUAUAGUUCUUCCAGCUCCGUGUAAUCCUCCACCAGUCCCUAUAACGCUUCCUUGUCCUCCACCCAGUCCUAUAAUGCUUCCAAGUCCGUGUGCUCCACCGAGCCCUAUAAUGCUUCCAGCCCCCUGUGCGCCACCGAGCCCCAUAAUGCUUUCAGCCCCCUGUGCUCCACCGAGCCCCAUAAUGCUUCCAGCUCCCUGUGCUCCACCGAGCCCUAUAAUGCUUCCAGCUCCCUGUGCUCCACCGAGCCCUAUAAUGCUUCCAGCCCCCUGUGCUCCACCUUCAGCUAUGAUGUUCCAACCACCACCCUGUUCAGCUCCACCAGCCCCAAUAAUGCUCCCUCCACCAUGUCAACCACAAUCACCAAUAAUCAUUUCUUUAGCUCCACCUCCACCACCGUGUUCUUGUCCUGCUCCCACAUGCUCCUGUGCUCCCCCAUCCUAUCCAAUGACGGCAUAUAUGGUGCCCCCACCGGUACCUGUAUCAUUAGAAGCAAAACCAAUUAAAUCGUCAUGUGGGUGCCAAUGUUAGGGUAAAUAGUUUGUAAUGGGUAAUGGGUAGAUUUUAUUAAAUUGAAAAUCAUGAUAUUACAAUAAGUACGUAUUCUUAUACAUAUUGUAUUGUAUUCAUUUGACUAAAGCCAGCUAUAGAAGUAUAUAAAUCAAUCUAGUCUAAUUUUAUAUUUAUUUGAUAAAAUAUAUUUACUGUAUAUAUUAUAAAGAUUAUAUUAAAGAUAUCAAUAUAAAAAAAUCUUUCAAUGAUCACAU